GUCAAGUCACAAAGUAACACAAUGUAGUCUCUUCCUUGUUCUUAAGAAGACUUUUUGACUCUAUCGCAGCUCCAGCGUUCAAACGCGAGAAUACCUCCAAGGUCGAAGCGUAAAACAUCGCAAGCAUUACGGGUUAAAAGCGAGUCAGUUGGUUUACACGGACUUGUUGCUUUCAAUUUCCUCUACCAUUUCCACGGUCGAAUUUCUGGUUUACUCGUGGGUUGAGAAUCAGGAUGCUGCCCCAGAGGUUGAAGAAGGCUAUAACGGAUAAUCCAAAGAAGCUUGGGAAUUUGAUUGACCUCGUGAAUCUUCCAUCUACUCUACGGAACUUUGUUGGUCAAUCUCAGAUUUCCCGUCUGGGUUGUUUCAUGCGUGUCUGGUCCUAUAUCAAGACCAACAAUCUUCAGGAUCCUAAGAACAAGAAUGUGGUGAUUUGUGAUGAGAAGCUCAAGAGCAUUUUGCUCGGGAAGCAGCGAGUGGAGCUAGUCGAUCUUCCUUCUCUUAUCAAGUUGCAUUUUCCCAAAGAACAAAAGAAGAAUUCUCAGAAAAUUUAACUUUUGCUUCUUUGGGGUCGUUUUGUUCUGUGAUGCUUAAAGAUAUAUGAUUGAUACUUCUAAGUUCUGGAUUCUGGAUUCAAUUCUAUUUCUGUUUUCUUAUGUAAACAGUUUCUCCUUGUCGGGUGGUGCUGUGUUUUUUAUAACAUCAAAAGAUCAUCUUUAAGUA